AUGGAUGAAUCGUUUUGGUCAUCAUUGGAAUCAAUUGCUUCAAAGUUAUUAUCACCUCAUUGUUAUGAUCAAUUAGUAUUAAAACAACAAUUUUUUGAUUUUGCUUGUAAUAAAAUGUUACUAAGUAAAAUGCUUGGUUAUGCUAUAUUAAUUGGUUCAUUACUUGUUAAAUUUCCUCAAAUAGUUAAAAUAUAUUGGAAUAAAUCAGGUGUUGGUGUUAGUGUAUUAGCUGAAACAAUUAUGUUAGCAGCUAUAUUUGGAUCAAUGGCUUAUGGUUAUACAUCUGAAUUUCCAAUAUCAGCUUAUGGAGAUUCAUAUUUUCUAUUUAUUCAAACAAUAUUAGUUAUUUUAUUGGUACUUUAUUAUAAACGAAAAUAUACAUUGGCUCUUAUUUAUUUAGUUUUAUGUGUUUUUGUUACUGUUUUAAUGUAUGAAAAACUCCUUCCGGCUCGUUUAGUUGGUAUAUUAGCUGGUUUAUCGCUGGUAUUAAGUUUAAUAAGUCGUCUUUGGCAAUCAUUUUGCAUAUAUAAAGCAAAAUCAACUGGAAAUCUAUCAGCGUUAACAAUGUUAAUGUUAUUUUUUGGUUCACUUGCACGAAUAUUUACAUCAAUUGAAGAAACAGGAGAUCCAACACUUAUUUGGACAUAUAUAUUGAAUUCAUUUGCCAAUUUUUUAUUAGUAUUUCAAUUAGGAUAUUAUUGGUCGGCACCUGCUUCAGAUUUAAAAGAAAAAAUGUCAGACGAAGCAAUUAUUGAAGAUGAACCUGAAGAUGAACAACAAUUACCUUCAUCAAGACCUCAAACAGAAACAGGUCUUUUAACAUGGUCAUAUGCUUUUCAACUUUUAACAAAACAAUGGGCAAUAUUUUUAUUAAUAUCAAUAGGAAUAGCUCUUUUUCUUUAUGUAAGUGCACAACGACGACGACGUAAUAAACAAGAUAAAACUGGUUCACAAAUUCGUCAUGAUCAUAUUCAAGGUGGAAAUAAACGAAAUCUCAGGAAAGACAACAAAUAA